UGAAGAUAUAUCGAUUAUUGAUGAUACCAUUACGUUAAACAAAUUGAUAAAUACAUGCAAUAAAAUUAAAUCAUUCAAUAUUUUAAAUAGUAGGAAAUAUGUUUUACCAAAAUUAAAAGAUUCCAAUACUAAAUUUAUUACCAAAGAUUCCGAUGACUAGAUUUUCUAUAGUUACUGGAUUGUUCUAUGGUAAAAAAUAUUAAUUCUAUGCAGAAAAGACCAAACUACCCCCAAGUAAAUUACCAUAAUUUCAAUUUACAACCAUUUUCUUUCCAAAUAACCAUUUAAUUUCCGAUAUUGCUAAAGCUUUCCAUGAGGCAGAUGCAUAUACAUCUCUCUCUCUCUCUCUCUCUCUCUCUCUCUCUCUCGUAUGUAUCAUAUGCUUUAGUAUAAUAAUAUAGCCUUUUAUAUCAUCACUGGUCUGCAAAAAAAAUGACUGUGGAGGAAAUAAGGGGCAACGGCGAUAAUUUUCCGGUGGGGCUGCGUGUUCUCGCCGUUGACGAUGACCCAAUUAGCUUGAAGUUAUUAGAGACUCUGCUCAGACAAUGCCAGUACCAUGUCGCUGCGAUGAGUCAGGCGAAAAUGGCUAUGGAGAUGUUAAGCGAAAACAAAUACAGAUUUGACCUUGUUAUCACUGACGUGCAUAUGCCCGACAUUGAUGGUUUUAAGCUUUUGGAGCUUGGUCUUGAAUUGGAUAUACCUGUUGUUAUGUUGUCGGCAAAUGGUGAUCCCAAACUAAUAGUGAAAGGGAUUACACGCGGUGCUUGCGAUUAUUUGGUAAAACCCAUCCGAAUUGAAGAAGUGAGGAAUAUAUGGAAACACCUGCUCAGGAGGAAAAACUGUGAUCCAAACAACCAGACGAAAUCCAGUGAUCAAGUUAAAUCUCCGGAAGUGCUAUUUAAUGGAAAUAGAAAAGACGGUGAAGAAAACGAAAAUGAUUGCAAAGACCCUUCAAUACAGAACAACGGUGAAGAAAACGAAAAUAAUUGCAACGACCCUUCAAGACAGAACAAGCCUCGGUUCAUCUGGACGGUAGAGUUUCACAAAAAGUUCGUUGAAGCCAUUAAUAUUUUGGGAAUCGAAGUAGCUAUUCCCGAACAAAUUCUUGACCUGAUGAACGUUGAUGGGCUUACCCAAGAAAUCGUGGCGAUACAUCUCAAGAUGUAUAAGCUUUAUCUAAGAAGACUUAGAGAAAUUCAAACGUUGCCAAACGUGGCCUUAUCUCCGUACUCAGCAACUGUCCAGCCGAGCCAAGCUCAGAGCUUGAGCAACUAACUGCAUUGCUUCACUCGGCGAAAUGAAUUUAAAUAAUACCCCCCCCUUUUAUUAUUCUUCUUCGAGUGUCGGUUUAGAACCUUCUGAGAGCGAAACAGAGAUUGCGUAUGAUCAAACGGUUUAGAAUAUUCUGGGAGCUUUAUUCUUAUUUAGUGCAGUAGAUUAUCAAUAAAUCUUUUUCUGGAGGAAUUAUUUUUUCUCUCGUUUAUCGUUUAUCGGUUAUCGGAAUUUGGCUCGUGACCGUGCACUUUGUUAUGAUGCUCAAACAUUUAUGUGAAUUUUUUCUAGGUUUUCUUGACUUGUUUUCAGGGUAAGUUUUUGCAAAUACAAUGUAUGUAAACUUAGGCAAAUAUUAUUGGAGAAAUCAACUCUCUCACCUUGUGAUCUUUACAAAAUG